AUGUUAGGCAGGAAGAUAUUGAUGCAUGGCUUGAGUAUGCGGGGAUGUUUUUAUCGAGUCUGGGGUGAUGGAGAUCGAAAAGUCAUACCCAAUGUUUCCCACGAAGUACUCCGCAAAAUGGCAAGUGUAUCUCCCGAUGCAAGCGCAAAAUUUGAAGAAAUCAUCACCCCGAUGAUGGAAAUUCAACCGGCUGCUUUGGGAUAUCCAGAUGGUGCAAAUCAGUCUGGGUAUUACAUCGGCGAUGAAAAAAUAAAAAAGAAAGAUAUCGAAGCCAUCACUAAGAUGAUGGAAGCUAGAGGAAUCUCCCCAGAAAACACUCGUCUCCGAAAACUCACCACUAGCAAUCGUCUAGCGGAUGAAAAUUCCGACGUAUUUGAAAUCCUCCAGGCUUCUGCGGAAAGAGAUGCAGAGCCAUUGUUUCUCGGUGAACUCACUAUGGGAGAGAAACGCCGCGCCAGAAUUUAUCUCCGACGCGGAGACCAUAGUGAAGAAAUGAGCAAAAUAUGUGCAGAGCUCACUCUAGCAUGCAAAGUCGCUGCAACCGACGAACAAAAAACCGCGCUUUCCCAGCUUGUGGAUAGUUUCCUCACUGGAGAUUAUGAUAUCUUUCGCUCUGCCCAGAAAACAUGGGUUACGGACAAGAAUCCUCGAGUGGAAUAUUGCAUGGGUUUUCUCUUUGGGUAUCGCGAUGCUCAUGGUGUAAGAGCUGAGUGGCAAGCUGUUGCUGGGAUUUAUCAUUCUGGAGAAACGGAGAAAAUGAGGCGGCUUUUUGAUAAAUCUGCAGAAUUUAUUCUACUCGCUUCCGUCUCAAGCACCGUAUGGGACGCCACUAACAUCACCAUUGACGAUGAUGGCAAGAGACACGGCGUAAAAAACAUGGUCUAUGGUAACCGGAUGAAUCUCAACAGCAGUCCCAAUCGUCCAUGUUACUAUAUUCACCCUUCAGAAGUUGAAACAUACAUGACCUAUGCGCACCGAGUUCGUUUCGUCACAACAGCCAUCUACGAGCUCAUCGGCCACGGAACCGGAAAACUACUUUCUGAAACAGUUACCGGAAAAUUCAAGUUCGGCCAUGCAAACCCCCUGAUUAGUCCCGUGACCGUCAACUAUUACACAUACCUGCAGAUAGGAAUUGAAGGACUCCGCGCCCUACGCAGCUUUAAAGUCGACGAGCAAACCUGGGGCAGCGACCACGAUCAGGCACAAUUCACCAUCCUAAAGCACCUCCACCAAAACACCCAUAACCUCUUCCAAAUAACCCACGAUGCCCAAAACGGCACACUACACAUCCGCCUCGAUCGUUCCAAGAUCCUAUCGUACGGUAAACCCUCACUCGGUCGCACGCUAUGUAAACUACACAUCUGGCGCUCUACGGCGAAUAUCGAGACAUGUCGAUUUUUCUACGGGGGAUUAAGUGCUGUAGAUGGAGAAUAUAAGGUACGGAGGAAAAUCGUAGCGGGGAAUAUAGAGCCGAAGUGGAAAUUUGUACAAGGUAGUACUUUUUUGGGGGAGGAUGGUGGUGUUGAGGUUAGGGAGUAUGAGGGGAGUAAUAUUGGGAUUGUUAGGUCGUUUUGGGAGAGGGAGAGGGGGGUUUGA